UUUUAGUACUUCAACCAAAACAAACAGCCCUAGGAGGAGAGUUCGUGAGAUUUCGUCAGAUUUCACUUCCCUCGCUUCUCUCGCUUCUCUCGCUUCGCGCCACUUUUUUCGAGAAUAGAAUCCGAGCCCAAGUGAGAGAAUAAAACCCCCAGCCCGGAGGCGGAGUCUGGGAGUGAGAAAGGAAGGCCCGAUCUGGAAGGCGAAGCAUCGCAUACUGCCUUUAGAACUUCCAGGAAUGGAGUCACCUGAUAUAACUCCAAGAGAAGAAAGCCUAUUGCCACCUCAUCCACCUUUUGUACCACCAAAUGCCAUACCUGAGUUGGUUAAGUUUGACCAUGAGAAGCGAACUGUGAUGGCUAGACCUAGUUUUGGAAGUGAAGGCCGCCACAUCCAACUUCUUACAAACUACUUCACCGUGAACUUGACGGCUCAGGAUCAGUUUUUCUGCCAAUACAAAAUUUCUAUAAAAUCUAUUGAUAACCUUGCAGUGGAAGGAAAGGCUAUUGGACGAAAGGUCAUGGACAGGCUAUAUCAGACUUACAGUUUAGAGCUUGGUGGAAAAGAAUUUGCAUAUGAUGGAUAUAACAGCUUGUUCACCGUUGGGUUUCUUCCUCAGAAUAAUUUUGAUUUUACUGUAGUAUUGGAAGAAUCAACUAGAGUUCCUUGUGGAAGUGCUAGUGGUGAGAACCCAAGCUUUGACACUCGCAAGCUCUCUAAACACUCACUAGUUGCAAAGACGCUUACUGUCCAGAUAAGGUAUGAAACCAAAAUCCCAUUAAGUGCAAUUUCACUGUUUCCUGGGGGAAGUGAGACAGGCCAUACACAAGAUGUUUUAAGAGUUCUUGACAUGAUUCUGAGGCAGCAGCAGGCAAGAAGGGGAUGCCUGGUUGUAAGACAAUCUUAUUUUGAUGGUGAUCCUGCAAACUUCACUGAUUUGGGUGGUGGUGUUACUGGUUGCCGAGGAUUUCAUUCUUGCUUUCACGCAACCCAUGGUGGUCUAUUCUUAAACAUGGAUGUUUCUACAACUAUAAUGUUAAAACCUGGUCCAGUUAUUGACUUUUUAAUUGCAAAUCAAAAUGUUCGGAAUGCUAAAGAGAUUAAUUGGACCAAGGCUAAGAGAACUCUAAAAAAUAUGAGAAUCAAAACUAUACAUACUAACCUGGAAUUCAAGAUCAUAGGGCUGAGUCCACUUCCUUGCAGCCAACAAACAUUCAUAUUGAAAGGUAAAAUUGAUGAUGGAAAGGAUCUUCCAGUGGAAGUUACUGUUUUCAAUUAUUUUAAAGAGAAGUGCAUUGAGUUGACAUGGUCAUCUUCUCUGCCCUGUCUUGUUGUUGGGAAGCCGAAGCGCCCCAUUUACCUUCCUAUAGAGCUAUGCAAUCUCAUAUCAUUACAACGGUAUACAAAGGCCCUAUCUUCUCAACUGAGAGCAUCAUUGGUUGAAAGGUCUAGACAGAAGCCUCAGGAACGAAUAAGAGCUGUGACUAAUGCGUUUCAAAAAAAUCACUAUAAUAACGAACCAUUGAUUUCUUCUUGUGGGAUCACAAUUGAGAAGCAGCUAGCCGAGAUAGAUGGUCGUAUUCUUAACGCUCCUACACUGAAGGUUGGUAACGAGGAAGACUGUUUUCCUAAGAAUGGCCGUUGGAACUUCACUAACAAGAGGUUAUUGCAAGCCAUACCGAUUGAAAGUUGGGCGAUUGUGAAUUUUUCAGCGCGAUGUGAUCUAAGCCACCUAUCUCGUGAAAUGAUUAACUGUGCAAGGAACAAAGGAAUUAUUAUCAAUCGCCCAUUCACAAUUAUUGAGGAAAAUCACCAAUAUGUUCGAAUGGAGCCUGCAGUUAGAGUUGAAAAAAUGUUUGAAGAGGUUAUAAAAAGAUUUCCUUUUCCACCACAGCUUCUCCUGUGUGUUCUUCCAGAAAAAAAGAACUCUGCUCUUUAUGGACCAUGGAAAAAGAAGAAUCUGCAUGAAAUGGGAAUAGUUAACCAAUGUAUUUCUCCUACUAGGAUCACUGACCAUUACUUGACUAAUGUUCUUUUAAAGAUCAACACUAAGCUUGGUGGUAUAAAUUCUCUUCUUGCGGUUGAGGCAAAUCCAAGUAUUCCUUUAGUUACAGAUGUUCCUACCAUGAUUGUGGGGAUAGGUAUCUCCCAUGUAUCUCGAGGGCAUGCUGAUCUCCCAUCUGUAGCAGCAGCAGUCGGUUCUAGAAAUUGGCCAUUAAUUUCCAGGUAUAGUGCAUCAGUGAGGACGCAGUCGGCAAGGCUAGAAAUAAUAGACUCUUUAUACAAGCCUUUAUCAAAUGGAGAGGAUGAUGGAAUGAUGAGGGACCUGCUACUUGACUUCUAUAAUUCAAGUAGUGGCAGGAAGCCUGCUCAGAUAAUCAUUUUCAGGGAUUGUGUAAGUGAAUCACAUUUCAGCCAUGUCCUAAAUAUUGAGCUGGAUCAAGUCAUCAAGGCAUUUCAACAUUUAGGUGAAGGCCCGCUUCCAAGUUUCACCGUAAUUAUGGCACAAAAGAACCAUCAUACCAAGCUUUUCCAAGCUGAUUCUGCUGAAAAUGUUCCUCCUGGAACCGUUGUGGACACAAGGAUUGUCCAUCCAAGGAACUAUGACUUCUACAUGUGCUCUCAAGCUGGGAUGAUUGGUACUUCAAGGCCAACACAUUAUCAAGUGCUUCUUGAUGAGAUUGGCUUUAAUCCUGAUGAACUUCAGAACCUUGUGCAUUCACUCUCUUAUGUAUAUCAAAGGAGUACAAGUGCAAUUUCUGUUGUGGCUCCAAUCCGAUAUGCACAUUUAGCUGCACAUCAAAUGUCUCAGUUCAUCAAAUUUGAGGACUUCUCAGAGAUUUCGAGUCAAAAUGGUGAAGAUGGGAACUCUGUAAUUCCGGAGAUGCCUAAACUGCAUGAGGAAGUUCGUGAGUCUAUGUUCUUCUGCUAAUAUAAAGCAGAUUGACAGAUAAGUGGUCCAUAUUUAUUUAUUUCUGUAAAUAGAUGAAGCUUAGGAUCAUGGACACCUUAGCAUAAAUAGGAAUUUUAGGAGCCCUUUCAAUUAAUAUUGAGAACACAGCAUUUUUUGCUAGGCUGCUAGACCAUUUAGAAGAAGAUAUUGAGCUUGGUCUGUAAUGCAAGUCUGAACUCCCAAGUUUUAUUUUAUUGGAAGGGUUCAGACAAUAUUGAGAAUCUGAAUGGAGAUCCAUUUGAGGCAUAUCUUUCUAACUUGAAAUGUUUCUGCACAUGCACUAUGUGAAGUGGAAGAUAAUUGCAUAUUAAUGGAAGAAUCUUGAUUUCUUAGAACC